GUUACGGUCUUUCGGGAAGUAAGCAGUCGGAGCUUACAGAGGAGGUGAGACUGUCAGACAAGAAACAAUGUCCCAGUUUAUGUCUGUGUGCCUGCGCUAAACGAAAACUCAGCUUCUUCGGAUGGUCUCCGGAACAACGCAAGUUUCUGCCUCCGAGUGCACUAAGCGAUGCAGCCAUUGCAAAGUGGCCGGAUGAGUAUACACUCUCUGAACCUGCUAUCUGCGUUCAAUUUUGUGGCCUUGAUGUCCUGAUGAUCGGUUUGCGCUCCGAAUAUCUGCGUUUAAGACUGAGCACUCGCGAGGUACAAGUUAUAACCACACCGAACAAACUCGCGGGCACUCUGAUGAGUCCCCUUCCCUACUGUCUGGACCAGGUUGUCUUUAAAAAAUACAAAAGCUCCGUCAACUCCAGUAGCCUACAUGGACUCUCAUCUUCCGAAGAAAAGUCCGAUGCUGAGAAUUCCACGAAUUCGGUCGAUCCUUCUUUAGAAUCCUCCUCGUGGAUGACUGGUUCUGCGGCACCAUUUGCCCUUGCCUCCGACGAUCAACUUUUUACCCUCCUACCAAACACCGGGUUUAUUGACGAAAAACCGGUUUUUCGGUGGUCCGGUAUUCCUCAGUGCUUUCAAGUCUGCCCACCCUACCUACUCGCCGGCCUAACCAAAGCCCUCGAGGUCUGGAGUUUGGACCCCUAUGAACAGACUCAGACGCUGCCAAUACCCAGCGUUCGAGCGAUGUGCUACAAUAAUGGCUGGCUUUAUGUCACUGCACCAGCUGCCUCGCCCUCCGUUUCUGGUCUUGCAUCACCCGGUGGCAGUCCCGUGACUACCUCC